AUGCCUGAUUUCCGCGUAACUAUAGAACACUACAUGGACCAGGUUCAUCGACUGGCAAAUACCUUCACCGUUCUGAUCGCAGAAGCUCUUGGGCUCGAGCAAACUGCGUUUUGUCAACUCUUUGAUGAAGCAUCAAAUGACCGACUCAUGCUGGCUAAGUAUCCUCUGCCGGCUAGCUUGUCCGAGAGCAAAGAGAAGGACUUCCAGGGCAUCGGUACGCAUCGGGAUAGCAGCUUCCUGACCUUCUUGUUCCCUGGCACAGAGCAUACGGGUCUUCAAGCUCAGAACAAAUCUGGAACCUGGAUUCCUGUUCCACCUCUUCCCGGUCACUUCAUCGUGAACAUUGGUCGCCAGCUGGAGGCGCUGACGAAAGGGGUCUGCGUAGCUACCACGCACCGAGUCAGCCUUCAUCCUCGGGACUAUCACGACGACAGCGGCAAGCCAUUAGGCUCUCGUUAUGCAUUUCCGUACUUUCAGGUGUUGGGACUAGACUUGACGCCAGCAACUGCAUCCGUUGAGAUCCCCGCUCACAUUGCGCAAUUGGCCGAUGGCAAUGUCAAGUCUGACGCAGAAACAUACUUUCAGACUUACUUCAAGGAUGGCAUUGGGAAGGGAGUGUUGGCUGCGCGAGCACUCAGGCAUCCGUUGGCGGCACAAAAAUUUUACCCCGGUCUUCUAGAGGAGCUUACAGCCGGCAAAGUCUCGAAGUAG